AGCACAGCACGGCGGGGAGGGGAGGGGGGGUGGGGGGCGCGGUGCUGCCCGGGCCUGGCAGGCUCCACGUGGCGGACCGACCCCCUCCAGCGGGCCCCCUUAGGCCAUCUCCUCUCCCCCUCCUAGGCCCCGGGGAGCCCAAGAAGGGCAACUUCUUCGUAGUGGCCGGAAAGAGCUGGGUGGGGGCGGGGCCGAAGCCUCGAGCCGCCAUCCCCUCCCCCUUACCCUGCCCUCCCCCUCCCGUCGGUGCCCUGGGGGCCGCCCGCCGCCUCCCGCGCAGAAUGUGGUACCACAGGCUAUCCCAGAUACUCUGUAGCACUCGCCACCAGCUGAAGGGAGGAUUCAGACUCCAGGCCCUUCGGUAUCCCUGCUUCCAAAAGAGAAUUCUAGCAGCACCCCGAUGGCAACACUCAGCCAUGGGGCCUCUGAACGGUGCCUGGCAGCAGCAUGAGGAUCAUUUGGAACUACGUUAUGCCGGCAUGGUGAUGAGAUUCGAUUACGUUUGGCUGAGAGAUCACUGCCGCUCAGCUUCUUGCUACAACUCCAAGACCAAUCAACGCAGCUUGGAUACCGCGAGUGUGGACCUGGCCAUCAAGCCUCAGACCAUCCGUAUGAACGAGACCAUGCUCUUUCUCACAUGGCCAGAUGGUCAUGUGACCAGGUACAAUCUGGAGUGGCUGCUGAAGAACAGCUAUGAGGGGCAGAAGCAGGCUGUCCAGCCUAGAAUUUUGUGGAACGCCGAGAUCUAUCGGCAGGCCCAGGUGCUGCCUGUCGACUUCCAGAGCUUCCUGGAGACCCAGGAUGGCCUGAAGAAGUUUCUGCAAAGCUUCCUGCUCUACGGAAUUGCAUUUGUAGAGAACGUCCCUCCGACUCGAGAGGAUACCGAAAAGCUAGCGGGACGGAUCAGUUUGAUCAGAGAAACCAUCUACGGCAGGAUGUGGUAUUUUACUUCGGAUUUCUCCAGAGGAGACACAGCAUACACCAAGCUAGCCUUGGACCGCCACACAGAUACCACCUAUUUCCAGGAGCCAUGUGGGAUUCAGGUAUUUCACUGUCUCAAACACGAAGGGACUGGAGGUAAGACUUUGCUGGUGGAUGGAUUCUAUGCAGCUGAAAGGGUUCUGCAGAGGGCUCCUGCAGACUUUGAUCUCCUCAGCAAGGUGCCAUUGAAACAUGAGUAUAUUGAAAACGUGGGAGAAUGUCACAACCACAUGAUUGGGGUUGGGCCCGUCUUGAAUAUCUAUCCAUGGAACAAAGAGCUCUACUUGAUCAGGUACAACAAUUACGACCGUGCUGUCAUCAACACCGUGCCUUAUGACGUUGUCCAUCGUUGGUAUGCAGCACACCGGACCCUCACUACAGAGCUGAGGAGGCCAGAGAAUGAGUUAUGGAUCAAGCUGAAACCAGGCAAGGCCCUAUUUAUAGAUAACUGGCGUGUUCUCCAUGGCCGGGAAUCAUUCACAGGCUACCGCCAGCUAUGCGGCUGUUACCUGACAAGAGAUGAUGUAUUAAACACGGCCCGCUUCCUUGGACUUCAAGCCUAAGACUUCAGCCAUGGAAAUAAGGCCUGCUGGCCACUGAGCACACUGUUUACCGGAGAGAAGUGCACAUCCUAAAGAGAAGGAAACCUUGUCCCAGGGGUCACGUUGGCCCCUUGAGCUCCCCACCCCGUUUAAGCAUGCUCUUCUUAGUGACAUGGAGGAACGUACCCAAGAUGGUCUAGUAGGCUCCAAAGGCAAAGCACUUCCCAUUCUCUUCCACAUGCAGAAGCUUUGUUUAGUUCUUGGGCCUCCUGGUGGAGUCCAGAUCUGUUCCCUCCCAUGCAAUACCCACAAUAAGUCCCUUUGUAUCUGCAUUCCCUAAGACAGGCCCAGACUAGGAAAUAACAUUGCUUAGGCCUGGAUGAGAUUUCAGCAUUUAGUUUAAACUCCACCCCCCCCAUUUUAGAGAUUAGGAAAACUGAGGUCCUCAGAAACUGAGUGCCUGAUUCUAGGGUCAUAUAGCUAGUUUGUAGCAGAGGAGGACCCAAACCCAGUUCUCUGUACUCUGCUCUGGGAAAUAUCGGAGGGAGUCUCAGGGGGUCUAAACUACCUGUGCCAUACAGCCUUUGCUUCCUGGCAAGGUCAGUGAUCAGAGGAUGAUAAGUAUACAUUUAGAAGGGGCCUCAGAGACAGUCCAAUUCCCACACUUUCUAUAGGGGAAGUGACUUACCCAAAAAUCACACAAGUGACUAGGCUUGGAUUUGAACCCAAGCCCUAUGACUACAAAUAGAAUACUCUCACUCAAGGUUGGCAGGACCAGUAUGUGAACUUUGGGCUUCCAGUUCCCAAUCCAACCCUCUCUCCUUCACUGACCAUCAGAAUCGGAGGAUUCAGUCUAGUCCGAGCCCCUUAUUUGACAGAUGAGGAAACCAAGGCAGACGGGUCCAAAAUGACACAGGAAUGAAGGUGCACAGUUGGAUUGUCAGAACCUCCAGAGACCCUGCUUGCACAUCAGAGUGAGACCCCUUGGAGCUACAGCUUAGUUAGCAGAACGUGGCUCACAGCUUGGAUGGUUUCAUCCGUCCUUUCAUGGAAUCAUCAAAGUCCCCACCUCCUUGCCCAUUCCAGAAUCCUCACAUUUUGGCUUUGGCGUUUUACUCCAAGCUGUGGUGCUUUUACAGAACAUUAUGUUCAGCCCCAGAAAUCUCCCUUGGGAGACUCCUCACUGGGUCCCAGGAUGGCAGAUAGAAGUGACUUUAGGGACCAUCUGAUAAAAGCCCCUCAUUUUACAGAUGGAGAAACUAUGACCCCAGGAGGAAAAAGUCAGGUUCAGGGAGGCCUUCAAGGCUCUCAUUGGACAGGGGCCCAGGUCACAUGGAAGUGACAGAUCACAAAUUCGAACCCAGGCCUGGCGAUGCCAGAUCAACACACAUUUGAUGUCGGUGUUCAAAAAGAUUUUAGAAAUAAACUUGGCCAACCCCUCAAUUUUACAUGGAGGGCCAUGAUGCUGAAAAGAGGACAAAGAGGUCUGCAGGGAGUAAAGAAGUCAGAUUUCACUGCCAAAGUGCCUGAUGGUCUUGGCUGUGUAGGGAGAUAAUCUGGACUGGCUGGGGAGAGCCAGAGCUGCCAUCUCCACUUGGUCUUCAGGUUUGCAAAGCACUUGAGGGUGGCUCCUUUGGGCCUCCCAGUAGUCCCAGUGGCCCAUUUUACAGAUGAUUUCAAACCCAAAGAGACCAUAAAGAGCUCUCUACUGGACAGCCCAGACGUGUUGCAGAUGGGAGAAGUGGGAGACCUUUGCUGUCUUUGAAAGGCAGAGAAGCUAGUGUGGAUUCGGGGGAAGGAAAGAGAAAGGAGGGCAUCUACUGUGUGCUGGGAACCAAGCUAAGCACUUCAUAAACGUGAUCCCAUUGGAUCCUCACAACAGCCCUGGGAGGUGGGUGCUGUUGUGAUCCCCAUUUUACAGAGGAGGAAACUGAGGCAAACAGAGGUUAAAGUGACUGGCUCAGAGCUGCAUGGCUAGGAAGUAUCUGAGGCAAGAUUGUGAACUGAGAACUUCCUGACUCUGGGCCUAGUGCCCCUUGCCCUGUGGCACUCCCUGGCUGCGCAGGGGUAUAGUUCUGAGCCAACGGCUAUGUUGCUGCUGCUGAUCAUACCCUCGACUUAGGCAGCACUUGGAUAUUCGUGGAGCAGUCCACAGAUCCAUGGGAAAUGCUCCCUCCUUUGAACUGGCCAACCCUGCACCAUAGAUGGAGAAGCAACGGCACCAUUUUACAGAUGAGCACAUGGAGUGCAGAGAGGGCUCGUGCUCUAGUGGCUAGCAAGCCUACUUAGAAUCAGAAAUACCAGUACCUGCUUCCUGUGUGACCUUGGGUGAGUCCCUUAGCAUCUCGGAGCCCUGGGCUUCAUUAAUGAAGGGAGCCUCCUCCCCCAAGGAGAAAGAGCAGCCCCACACCACUAAAAGCAAAAGAAAGACAACCAUGAAACCCAGAAGCAGAACAUUUUGAAAAGAUGAGGAAGAGGGCCUCCUAGAGCCUGCCUGGCAAUGUGCCUGCCCCUGCCAGCUGAUUGCAGCCCUGCUCCUUCACUCUCCACCCGAGUUGUCUAAAGAUCUUGGGAGUGCCUGGGAGGAAUCCCAAAUCCACACUGGUGGUUUUCCCCAACAUCUUCUGGUCUUUCCCCUUAGGAGGGAGAUGAUAUAGAGAGCGGAAAACUUCUCUUUGAUUUGGUCACAGCAUCACAGCUGGAAAGCACCCGGGAGAUCAUCCAGGUCAGUUUUCUCGAGGAGAAGGCCAAGGCCCCAAAUCACACGGGUAAUAUCAUCAAGCCAGGAUUUGUUUGGUCCCUGGCCUGAACCCAGAGCCAUUGCACCAUGCCUCCUCCUCCCAGAACUGGAAGGUCUGGAUCUAGAUGUCAAGCAGGGCAUCCAUUACCAGCCUCUCACCAAAGGCGACAUUCCCUCUAAGUCUGAUAACCUUGGUACCCAGGGGCCUCCGGCUGGAUGACUUCAAACUUGAGGUUUGCCGUGUCAGGAGAUAAGUUGGCCCCCUUCCCCACCCCAUGCCACAUCACUGGAAUGAUGACAUGUUGCCACAGGUACCAACAGGAAGGUUUUUUGCAUCAUGAUGUUUUCAUAGAACUUCCUUAGACUUGCCUACUAAAAACCCAGAGCCCUUUGCUUUGGGGCCACGAUUGGAAUGGACCAGUCUUUGGUGCUCAUUCUAGCGGGUCUCUCUAGCUAUUCCCACGUGUUCUCAAGAGUGGUUAAGAAAAGGUGAGAUUCCAUGACUGGUUCCACUUGUACUUUAGAAUGAGGCCUUCUUGGCGGGGAUUGUUUUUCAGGUCUUUGCCCGUCUUUUUUCUGGCUUCAAACCUCUCCAAAUAGCCAACCCUCUUGUUCUCUUGCAUUCACCUUCACACAUGCCAUGUUUUGUCCAAAGUUCAAGUUGACUUAAAGAACCUUAGACUUGGAUGGGACUUCACAGAUCAGAAGUCCUCUCUAAAACACCCUUAACAGGAAUGCCGUCAGGAAUGGGGGACUCACUACCUCCUGUAACAAGUAUGCACAACUGCUGGACACCUCUGAGUUCUAGGAUUCUCUUUCUCAACAAGCCUUUAUCAAGCACCUCCUGGGUAUCAAAGACAAAAAACGAGAGCCUGCCCUCAGGGAGCUUACACACUUUGGGGGGUAACACGUACAUAAUUCAAUGCAGCUCUUCUUUCUACUGAAUUGAUGUUUGGGUUCCCUGCAGCUUUUACCACUGGUACAAGUUUUCUUCUCUGGGUUCAACAUCAGAUGAAUCAGAUCCCUUUUCCAAUAAUAGAGUUCCUCAGAUUUUGAAAGAUAACAAUCAUGGUUUCCCGAGGCAAACACCCCCAAUUUCUCGUAUGACAAGUGUUGAGUCUCCUCUCCAUCGUGAAUCCCUCCUCUGGAAUGUCUUUAGUUUGCCUGUGCCCUUCCAAAACAUUAGCACCCACAAUCAAACACUGCCCUCAAAAUCUGGUCUAUUGGCAGGCAAGCAAUCGGUCACCUUCCCUGGGCUGAUGGGAACUGAAAUUGUCUGGUAUCCCAUUUGGGGCCCAUUCACCAGAGCCCUCAGGUUGUUUUUUUUUCCUAUCAUGGCCAUGUGUUCUCUGUCGUCUAUAGGAGGUGCACUGGCCCCAAGGGAAUGUUAUCAUCUUUGCUUUGGUCCAUCAUUCCAGCUCAUCAAGAUCUUGGGGGUUUGGAUUCUGGCACCCACACUAUUAACUAACUAACUCAGUUCAUGUCAGUGAGUUCACGUGAGUGAAGAGCUGAUCUGGGAGGUCUCUUCCAGUACUCAGUCUCUUAUCCCAUGUCACCCUCUUCCUUUUUUCCAGAUGAGGAAACUGAAGCCCAAGGAGGUAGAAUGAUUUUCCCAAUAGCACCCAGUCAUUUCAGACCACAGCCAGUGCCCUUUCUACCAGGCUAUACUGCCUCUUUUGGAUAUGAAGGUUCCCCUAUUAUUUUUGUAAAGACAAAAAACCCAAAUGAUAUCCUUUAUCUCUUCUGUACAUAAUAAUAAUAAGCUUCAUUUCAAUAUGGGGAGAAGGAUAAGGUGUAAGAAAGGGGUUAGAUUACAAAGAGGUUUGAAUGCCAGACAAAACAUUUGGAUUUGAUUCUGGUGGCCACAGGAGCCAGUGGAGGUUACUGAGUUGGGUGGUGGGACAGUACAUAAUGUGAUCUGACCUGCCUUUUAGGAAAAUCACUUUGGUGGUUGAAUGGAGGAUGGAUUGGAGGAGGGAGAGAACUGAGGCAAGCAGACACUCCACCCCAUACACACACACUCUGCAGCUAUUGCAGCAAUUCAGGACCAGAGUGGGUGCAGUUUCAGAAAGAAGGGAGUAUAUUAGAGAGCCACUGUGGGAGCGAGUCAAGGAGAGCUUGGGGGAGAGAGAAUCAGUUGAGUUCUGGACACGUUGAGACUAAGAUGUCUCUGGGACAUCCAGUUCAAUGCUGGGUAAAUAACUGUACCCCUCCCCAUCCCCUAAAAGAGAAACCCAUCCCAGCAGUAGCUGGGAGUGCCUCACUCAAUCAAGGAGUGGUGGAGUGAGCUGGGCACAAAGGGAAGCUGUUCCUGUGUUCCCUAGAGAGCUGUUUCCUUAAAUACAUGAAUGCACAGGCCAUCUCUUUCCCUAGAGCAAUUACUCAGAAUGGGAGACACCAAGACUGUUGAACUACAAGAAGUGGAGUAGCAGAACAUUCUAGUUCAAUACUAAAAAGUUGCCCACAAAGAAGAAUGGCAUCUGCCACUUCUGUAUUACCUACUAUGUGCCAGGCAUUGUGCCAAGUGCUUCCAAGAUAGCGAUUCUGCACAACAACCACCCUGGGAAGUAGACACUAUUAUCUCCCUUUCUGUAGAUGAAAUUGAGGCAGACAGUGGUUGAGUGAUUGUGCCCAGGGUCACCAAUUCUGCUUUUCUUGACUUCAGGACCUCUGGUCUAGCUACAGUGCCACCUAACUGCCCUGGGCAAGAAGGACAUAAAGUGCUUGUGAACUGGCCUAUUUAGAUCAAGACAUCGUUUCUGUAAACUGGAUGAGACAUCCUGAGAAAGCUGCUGGUAGAGCUAUUUUUGCCCCUGGAGAGAGUCUCUCAUUUGAGAGUUGACUGUCCAUCUCCAAAAUCAUAACGGAGUGAUCCUUAUUUGGGGAGCUCCCAGACUUGCCUUGGCCCCAUUGCUAAAUCAGGAGUACUAUCCCCUUUAAUUCUUAUCACAGCCAUCGCAGGGAAGGAGAUUCUGCUGGGACCUAGAUGUGCCAGUCCCCAGCCCAGGGUGACCAGUUACUUUAUUCCUGUUUUGGGCGUGAUCCAGAACAAAGACAUUCUCCCAGCAAGUGACUUGGAUGUUUUCCACAAGAGAUCAUUUAAUACAUAUAAAAUGGUUUCCCUUUCUUGCCCCCACCCCAACUAGUAUUGUCUUUACAGGGAGAGGGCCAGAUUGGAAGCAAGCCAGACCUAUGUCUGGGAUAGAGCCUGAGUGACGGCCAUCAGACAGGGUAAACACCAAUGAGACAGAUUUAGUUAUGAAGAGCAAACUUGGCCUAGAGCAGCGAUUCCCAUUUGGUGAUCUGCAAGCCCUUUGGGGGUUCACAACAGUGGUCUGAAGAUUUCUCAACCAAAAAUCUUCUGAUGGUUUGUUAAGCAAUUGAUUGUCCUCCGUGCUAUAAAUUCCCCAUCGGCCACCAAAGGAGUAGUCACAUGAUGGAUCUUACCAAUAUCCACAAGUACCUCACUUUCUUCAUUAGAACCUGACAUCCACUUCUCUCUAUGCCUCACCCUCCUAAACAUUCUCCACUCUCCUUGAGACCUUCGGUUCCCCCACCCUUAGCACUUUCUCAGGCCUGCCCCAAUGUCCCUUUCCUCCAUUUUUAAUAUCCACCCUAGAGUUGGCCAUUUACAUUCUUUUCUGUCCUCUGUUCUCCAAUCCCUCGUGCCCUCCUGUCAUUGCUCCUCUCUUCCCAAAACUCACUUUUGGAUUAGGGGAUUCUGAAGGAGUCAGAGGAAGUCAUAAGAUUGUGCCAGAUGGCUGGCCACCUUAUGGAUCCUGCAAUCUAUGGUGAUGCCACCCUUUUCUUCCUUCCCCUAAGCCAUAUGUCAUUUAGCACCAAAGUUAUUCCAAAUUUCCUAACCUUCUCGUCCCUCCUCAACCCUUCAACACCCGGCCCCCAUCUCACCACAGCUGGGCACUUUUGCCUUCCUGAGGAACCUGAAGGCAUUCAGUGUGACCUCCUCUUAAUCUCAAUACCCUAUGACACUGGUUCCCAUUCUCACCCCCUUUCUCUCAAUCUUUGACAAGGUUAAGUCCUUCUUUCCAAGCCAGCCCCUUCUACUUGAGUGGCUGAUCCAGCACCAUUCAGUUCUAAUGGGCUUGAAAGAGCACAUUGUUAAAUGGUCAGUGUGGGCAUCUGCACCUCAGAAAUUGGCAGUCACAUGGACCAGGGCUCAGGUGAUUAUUGGUCAGCUAUCUAGACUUAAGAAAGUGUUGAUAACAUAGAGUCGACUUAAAAGUACGAUCGUUUUAACAGAAUGUCCCAGGUAGUAGAAUCUGUGCCCUGACUUGGUGGUGUCCCUCCCCUCCCACCCCAAGUCCACGAGAAAGAAGGGGAGGUGGAGGAGGAGAUUUGCCCAUGGGAAGGAGCUGUUCUUUGCUGCCUAGGCAUUGUCACAAUUAUUCUAAGAACUCGGGACUGAUUUGAUUCAAAGGACAAAAGUGGUAACAAAUGGACAAUAAAUACGCAUCUUGCUAACACCCCCACAAGUAAUGACGCAUGUCUGGACACUUCAUGAUUGGAUGUACGGUGGAUGAGGUGGAGAAAGUGAAACGUUUGCCAAAAGAGCAAUUGAAAGUUUGCUAAAGGAGCUGAAGGAGAAGGAUGAGUUGGAUUCUCUAAUAACAGCAGGGGAUCCAAGUGGGCCUGGCCUGGACAUUGACUGGAAAACUUCGGGUGGCUGGUUGGGAAGGAUUCCCUCAUGAUAUGCUCAUCUCUGGAAGUGGCCUGAGCUUCAUGAGAAUGAACGUGAACACAGUCAGAGUGCCUGCAAUAUGAUGGUGCCUGGGUCAAGACAGGCAUCGCUCUCUUGGGACUGACACAGCAAAGCUCUGCUCCGUAGACUGUGCUCGUGCGCUGAGGGGAGACGACCAUCACUGACUGCCUACCCAAGGCCGUUUGAUUCAGACCAUCCAGCAUCCACCGAGCACCCAGGUAUCUUGAGAGGCUCCCAGCAACAGAGCCAUGUUAAAUCCAUCUCGUUCGAAGACUACCAGGACCCGGGUCUUCGCCAAUUUUCCUGUGGCCUCCACCAGUCAGCCUGCCAGAGUGCUGAUGGGCUGUCACAAUGAUGGACUUUUGCAAAUAGCUUCAGGACCUGGCCCACAACAGCAGCAGAAUGAAUUUACUCUUCAGCCGAGUACUUGGCAGCAAAACAGUGCUGCCACCUGGAUGGGCAGUAGACCUGCAGAAUACAUCCCGAAUCUUCCUUACCACCACAAUAGCUUCCCUCAGCCUCUCCUGCACAUGCCACCCUAUCCUGAGCAAUUCCAGCUAGUUCCCAGCCAGGCUCCGUCGCAGCCUCUCCAUUGCACUCGGCCUCCCCUUGAGUAUUGGUGUUCCAUUGCCUACUUUGAAAGGAACAUCCAGGUAGGAGAGACGCUUAAAUUUCUCUCAAGCUGCCCAAUUGUUACUGUCGAUGGAUAUAUGGACCCAUCUGGAGGGGACCACUUCUGCCUGGGUCGACUUCGCAACAUUUACAGAACCAGAGCCAUUGAGAAAACGAGGAUGCUGGUAGGCAAGGGGGUGCAGCUGGAAUGUAAGGGUGAAGGCGAUGUCUGGGUAAAGUGCCUCAGUGACCACCCGUUGUUCGUGCAGAGUUACUACCUGGACCGAGAGGCUGGCCGAGCCCCUGGAGAAGCCAUUCAUAAGAUUUAUCCGAGUGCACACAUAAAGGUAUUUGAUAUACAACAGUGCCAUUAUGAGAUGCAAUACCAGGUGGCUAUGGCACAAGCUGCAGCAGCGACCCAGAUUGCACCAGGAGCUGGAAAUGUCCCUGGAAUGAGAGGGAGAGGAGUCCCUGUUCUGGGUCCUUUGGCUGCUGCUAGGAUCAGGUCGGAUGACCUGUACCACUUAUGCUUACUCAGGAUGAGCCUUGUCAAGGGCUGGGGGCCUGAGUAUUCAAGAGACAGCAUUAAACAAACACCUUGCUGGAUUGAGAUCCACUUACACCGCGCUCUCCAACUCCUUGAUGAAAUAUUCCAACCACAGCAAGCCUACAGCUUUUAGACUGAGGACCCUGGGCCUGCUUUUGUCCUACUGGAACUUUUCAUCCUAGAACUUGAACUUCAAACUUCUCCCUUCCUUUGGGAACUCAUGCCCAGGUGAGAUAGGACUCAAAGCUGGAAACAGAGGGCAACUCCCCCUGAUAGAGUACUCACCAGCUCUCAGGGGUGGAAAGUGGAACUGACCUCUGGUCCAGACCACAUACUUUUGUAUGCAAAGCCCAGGUGAUGUUAUUCUGCAGAAUAGAUUCAGCAGCGCUGAUGUUUGGUUGCAGAAAAGGUCCUCAAAGGUAAUUCACCUCUAUCUCAUUCUGUAUGUAUGAGCGAUUAUUAUUACAUAGUUCACGCUGGGCAAUUCUAUAGCUUAACUGAAAACACUGGGCCUCUGAGAGAAUCUCGGAGGAGGCAGGGGCCCAAGAAUUGCAGCGUGGCCUCUUGCCAAGACAAUGUCUUUGAGACUGGACAAAGAAAAGAUGUAAUCGUAAUACAUGUUGUCUCACAGCUUCGAUGUUACAUUAACCAAGGCUGACAUGGACUUACAUAUUUGAGAUCUCCUUAUCCCAAGAAGAAAGCUUGUUGUGAGGCACAUGUUGUUCCCUGUGUGAUAACUGAUGGACACUUUCCUGGUUAAGUAAUAGUUAAGAUUCCCCCACACACACGUGUUGAAGAACAACAGUCGGAGUCUUUCCAAAUGUCCAGGGACUAACUAAAAAGCCCAGAACGAGAACUGUUUUCCUUCAUCAGCGCAGAAAGACAACUUUUACAUUUUUAGAGCACUAGAAGGAAGGUUAUUCCUCGCUUAAAACCUCACACUCUUCUGCAAAGCUGAGGAUGCUUAAACUAAAUAACAAAGAGGCAGUAUUUCAGAAACUGCUAAGAUAGGGGUCGAGUACUAGGUGGAAUAUAGUAAGAGAAACGUUACCGUUGUUCCUCGUGGGCAGUUUAACAGCUUUUUGUACUGGAUCUGUUGUGUGAUCUUUCAUAUAUAAUUUAGAUCACAUCUGCUAUUGAAACGAAGAUUUUGUAUCUUGGGGCAAAGUGGCCAAUGGAUUUUCUUAUCCCUUUGCAUUUAUAACUGGCCCCCGACGGCCACACUAAUUGGCCAUGACUUUGUAGAGAGAAGCCAAGUAGAAAAAAUGGCAAUUGUAUUGGCUGGACAACAGACACAAAUAUGCAUGCUUUUUAUCUAGUCACUAGUAUAAAUAAAACUCUGAAUUUCAGAAAAAAACAAAA